AUAUAAAUUAAAGCACAUCGCCAUCUCGAUCUCAAUCUCUUCAAUGAAUAUAAAUAAAAAAAAAUUUGCAUAAUGACAGUAACCUCUAAAUAAUUUUUUUUAAAAAUAAAAAAAGGAAAAAAAGAAAUCCACAGCGGACGCUACGAUGCCGACGAGCGAUGGCGGCGACGCAGGCGCCGACGAGACCCCAAACCCUAACCCUAGCGCCGGGAAAGCACGCGCCGCAGCUCAAGAAGUCCAAGACUAUCACGGCAGCGGACGGCGCCGUUGCAACCGUUGGAGCUAACUUGCAGAGGUCCUCACCCUUGGCCGCUGUCCGGCGCUCUUCCACUUCACCGCUUAACCUCACUGUCGCUGUAGAUGAUCCCUCCGAUGCUCCGUCCACUGCUGCUGGCGGGGGAGUUCUAGAUCGUGAUUGGUGCUAUCCAUCCUUUCUUGGCCCCUAUCCUUCCCGCCCUCGCCCUCCGCCGCAGCAUAAGAAGAAGCAGCCGGAUCCAUUGCCGAUCCCGACGCGGCGAGGUUCGGCUUUCCAGAAACCACCGGAUCGAGCUCUAAGAGGCAAGCCUCUGAGAUCCUUUGAGGAGGGAGAGAAGAAGGAAACGAAAGGAGGUAUUAGUCUUGAUGAACGGAAGCCGGCCUUGGUUUCUUCUCCGGCGCCUCGUUCUCCGGCUUGUAAAUCUCGCGGGCUUUCCGUUUCGCUGGUUUUUUUCACUCUCGUCGUGACGCUAAUUUGGUGCGGCUUCGUUGCCAUCUCUCAGAGAAAUAGAAUUUUAGAACUAGAGGAAGAGAUUCUUAACUUGCGUAGAAUUUGUAAUGGGAGCUGUGUUGAUGACUGUGAUAGCACUAGAGUUUUGCAGUAUGAGGAUAGAGAUUUGGUUUCGUAUUUUGGUAGUGUUGACGGUAGGAUUGUGGCUCUGUACACUGUGGUGCUCUCACUAGCAACACCAUUCUUUCUAUUCAAGUACCUUGAUUACAUUCCAAGGAUAAAGUCCCCUGCUAAGGACUCAAAGAAUAAUGACGAGGAGGUUCCUUUGAAGAAGAGAAUUGCUUACAGGGUGGAUGUGUUCUUCUCUGUAUAUCCAUAUGCAAAGCUACUUGCACUUCUUUUUGCGACUAUACUUCUCAUUUGCUUUGGAGGACUAGCAUUAUAUGGGGUUGGUGAUGGCAGUCUCUCUGAAGCCCUCUGGUUGUCUUGGACCUUUGUGGCGGACUCCGGGAACCAUGCUGAUAGAGAAGGUGUUGGGCCAAGGAUUGUUUCAGUGUCAAUCAGUUCAGGGGGCAUGCUUAUAUUCGCCAUGAUGCUGGGCCUUGUGUCAGAUGCCAUUUCGGAGAAGGUGGAUUCUUGGCGUAAGGGAAAAAGCGAGGUGAUUGAGAGAAAUCAUAUACUAAUCCUAGGAUGGAGUGACAAGCUGGGCUCCCUUCUCAAGCAGUUAGCAAUUGCAAAUAAGAGUAUUGGUGGUGGUGUGAUUGUUGUGCUAGCAGAAAGGGACAAGGAAGAAAUGGAAAUGGACAUAGCAAAGCUUGAAUUUGACUUCAUGGGAACAUCUGUUAUUUGCAGGAGUGGAAGUCCUCUGAUACUUGCUGACUUGAAAAAGGUUUCGGUUUCCAAAGCUCGUGCCAUCAUUGUGUUGGCAGCUGAUGAAAAUGCAGAUCAAAGUGAUGCUCGUGCUUUGCGGGUUGUGCUGAGCCUUACUGGUGUAAGAGAGGGAUUGAGAGGUCAUGUUGUUGUAGAAAUGAGUGAUCUUGAUAAUGAGCCCUUAGUAAAACUUGUGGGAGGUGAACUAAUUGAAACAGUUGUUGCUCAUGAUGUGAUUGGGCGUUUGAUGAUCCAAUGUGCUCUCCAACCUGGUCUUGCACAAAUAUGGGAAGAUAUUUUAGGGUUUGAGAAUGCUGAGUUUUAUAUCAAGAGGUGGCCUGAGUUGGAUGGCAUGCGUUUUGAGGAUGUGUUGAUUUCAUUCCCUGAUGCAGUACCUUGUGGAGUUAAGGUUGCUGCCAAUGGUGGAAAGAUCAUAAUAAAUCCUGAUGAUAGUUAUGUUUUAAAAGAAGGUGAUGAAAUCCUUGUGAUUGCUGAGGAUGAUGAUACAUAUUAUCCAGGACCCAUACCAGAGGUACGACAUGGUUUUCUUCCUAUUGGUUCCAGUCCUCCUUCUAAAUAUCCAGAAAAAAUAUUAUUCUGCGGUUGGCGGCGUGACAUAGACGAUAUGAUUAUGGUGCUAGAGGCUUUUCUAGCUCCUGGUUCAGAAUUAUGGAUGUUUAAUGAGGUUCCAGAGAAAGAAAGGGAGACGAAGUUGAUAGAUGGUGGGCUUGAUCUUUCUGGGCUGACCAACAUCCGUCUUGUUCACAAGGAAGGAAAUGCUGUCAUUCGACGGCAUUUAGAAAAUUUGCCUCUCGAAACAUUUGAUUCAAUUUUAAUUCUUGCAGAUGAGUCGGUCGAGGACUCCAUCAUUCAUUCUGAUUCACGAUCACUGGCUACACUUCUCCUGAUUCGCGAUAUUCAGUCCAAGCGUCUUCCAUCAAUGGAAGCAAAAACAAAUACUAUGAGGUACACUGGAUUCUGCCACAGCUCUUGGAUCCGAGAGAUGCAACAAGCUUCGGACAAAUCAAUAAUCAUCAGCGAGAUCUUGGAUUCGAGAACCAGAAACUUAGUAUCUGUUUCCAGAAUCAGUGAUUAUGUUCUGUCAAAUGAACUGGUUAGCAUGGCUCUAGCUAUGGUUGCUGAGGAUAAGCAAAUCAACCGGGUUCUCGAGGAGCUCUUUGCUGAAGAGGGGAAUGAACUGUGUAUCAGACCUGCAGAAUAUUACUUGUAUGACCAAGAAGAACUAAGUUUUUACGACAUAAUGGUCCGAGGUCGUGAAAGACAGGAGAUAGUGAUCGGAUACCGCUUGGCCAAUGCAGAGCGUGCAAUAAUCAACCCCACACCGAAGGCAGAGCUGCGGAAGUGGUCACUUGAUGAUGUGUUCGUCGUGAUAUCUUUGGGUGAAUGAAAUCGUCUAAGUCUCACUGUUGUUUUAUACCUCUAAUGUUAGUCUGCUGAUCAGAAAGGAAGGCAUCUAUCUGUAAAUGAAAAUCCUAAUGAUACUGAUACUGAUGUAUCUCUAAUCCUAUUUGUACAUCAUAAACUGCAUGAUGUGUGGCUUGAGGCAUUCUUUUUUUUUAAUGAAUGCAGAUAAGCCACAUUCUUGUUCUCUUUA